AUGGGCGUCCCGGCCCCCCUACCCCGGGCGGCCGCCGCGUGCCUCUGGCUCCUGCUGCUGGCCUCCUCGGGAUCGGCUCAGAGCACCACCUCCGCCGACGGCCCCAAACCCCAGAUCACGUCAAUGUUGCCGGCGAACAUGUCUGUGGGCGUCUCCCCGGCAGUGAACUCGUCCGUGGUGAAGUUCGAUCGCGACAUGUCGACCCUGGGCGCGUCGCUGGUGUUCGCCGGCCGGACGCUACCCAACACGACGGCGGAGGCCUCCUGGAGCGACCCACGCACGCUUGUGCUGCCGCUCCACCUGCAGGAGAACCGGACCUACGCCAUCGGGCUCAACGGCGCCUGCCGAGAGUGCAAGGGAGUCAGGGCGGCGGAAGGCGCCCCGCUGCAGCCCGCCGUGUGGACGUUCUCCACCUGGGCGGCCGGGGAGCCGGCCGUGAGCCCCGGGAACCAGCGGGAUUCGGCGAUCGAGGUGCUCCGGCUGGUGCUCGCGGAGUACGCGUACCGAGACAGGCUGGGCGUGGACUGGGAGGCCCGGUGGCGAGCGCACAGAUUCCAGAUGGAGGGCGCGGGCACGGGCGUGGCUUUCGCGGAGGCUGCCGCAGGUUUUCUCGGUGCCGGCAGGGACGGUCACGUGUUCCUAGACGUUUCCGGUGAUGUGGUGGCCAGCCAUGUGCCCGUGGUCGACCGGAAUGUGAACGCGUCGCUGCUGCGGGGGAUCGUGGCGGACUGGCGGGAGCCCAACCGGCACGUGGCGACGGGCCGGCUGGGGACGUCGGUGAGAUACGUCGCAGUGCGCAGCUGGGCGGGGGGGGAGGAGGACUACUACCCCGUGUCUGAGGCGCUGAUGUCGUCGUGGCGCUGGCGGGGCGUCAUCUUCGACGUGCGCGAGAGCGCGGGUGGCAACGUGUCGCGGGCCCUGGAGGUCGCCGGGCACUUCGUGGACCGGCGCGUGCCCUACGCGUCGCACAGGCGAGUGGAUGCCAGCGCGGAAGGAGGGUUUGGGCCCACGGAGCAGCUGUGGAUGGAGCCGAGAGAGGAACAUGCAAAGUACGACGCCGGCGUGGUGGUGUUGAUGGGGCCAGCCAACGUUGGGGCUGCGGAGUCAUUCAUCCUCAUGAUGGGCGCCGGAGGGGCCACGCUGGUGGGCCAGACGUCGUACGGCAGCCUUGGCAACCCGGUGCCCCACGCGCUGCCCAACGGCGUGGUGCUGCACCUGCCGUCGCGGCAGGAGCUGCUGCCCAACGGGGAGGUGCUGGAGGGCAGGGGCGUCGAUCCCGACGUGGCGGUGGAGUGGGAUCCCAGCGGGGCGGACGACCCGGUGCUCAGAGCGGCGGUGGAGCGUCUGACAUGA